AUGACGGACAAGGUGGUCGGCGCCACGGGCUCCCCCACCUCGGCAUCUUCCUUCUCCGCCCCCGCCAUGCACGAUUCGUCUGCGCAAGUGGUCGCCGAAGCUGCUGACGCAGCGGUGGCUGCAGCCGCGGCCUCCAUCCAACAGCAGACGCCCAAGGCCGCGGCCGGCGCCGGGUCCCGCAAGCGCGUCUUCACCUUCCAGAAGCGCUGGCUGCACUCGCUGCCGAUCGUCGAGCGGUCGCUGCCCGAGACGGAGAUGGACGGCCGAGUGAUCAAGGCCGUUCGCACGGCUGGAGGGGCCACGGCGGCCGCUGCCGUCGCCGCUGCAGCUGCCGCGGGCGCCGACAAGCAGAAGGAGGUGAUCGUCUGCAUGCUGUGCGACGACCCGUCGUCCAAGCGCGAGCUGACCAAGGUCUGGAGCCGCCUCAACUGCCGCCGCGGCCGCAUCGAGAACCACCUGAUGAGCAAACACCCGGAGUUCAUGCGGCUGCUCAAGUACAAACGCGAGGCCGAAGGAGACCUGGCGGUGCAGAUCUUCCUGCAGAACCUGCGCGAGGGCCGCUGCAAUGCGCGCACGGAGAUCAACAACGGACUGUAUAACCAGCUGCAGAAUGUGGGCGCUCCUGUCCGUCCGACUGCAGCGGACCAUACCGAGCUCCAGAAACGCGCUCUGGGCGACUAUAUGAACGUGCGGGAGGACCUGGAGGGCAGCCGCAAGCGCGCAAAGCUUGCGACUACCCCUCCCGCGGGUGAAAAGGAUGCAGCUGCAAUGGCGGCGUCGGCGUAUUCGGCCGGUGGGAUGAUCAUGUUGCGUGCGAAUGGAGCGGUUCCUCACGAUGGAGCGGCUGUUGGUGUGGACGGCUUGGCUUCACACAUGCUGUAUCAAGACGCCGCGAUGUCUGCACAAUGGCAGACAGUCUUUUACAACAAGCUGGUGGUGGUCACCGGAGGCGACAACAAGUCUGUGGCGUCUCUAGCGACGCAAUUGUGGGUUUUGGGGGCGAGCGUACUGCUCACCUUUACGUAA